AUGUCUCUCUCCGCCGCCGCCGCCUUUUUUCCCCGAUUCCUCAAAACUAUAUUCUCUCUCCUCACCACCCACCACGCCAUGGCGUGUCUCAACAGCCGGAUCUCAUACGCUUCCUGGCGUCUGAGGGUAUUCCGGCAGCUCUUCCGGCCGAAUGGCUCUCCUGAGGUGGGAUAUCGUGCUAUAUCAACCGCCAAUGGCACACGGGAACCUCUCCGUCCGACGGCCUCCUCCGCGGACAAGACAUUGAAGUCUACCCCGACAGAAAAUAAAGAAGCUGCUGCUGCUGCUGCUUCUGAAGAGGAGGAAGGAUCAAAGCAGCAUCUACGCCCCUCCUCACUCCUCCCCCAAUCCCCCCUCCUCACCAACCCCCGCCCCGGCCACGACAAGCUACACAAGAAGAAACGCCGCCCCGACCCCAAAGAAUCCGACAUCCACCUGAACCCCUGGGCACAAGCCCUCGCCUCUCCUCUCCGAGCCUGCAAAGUAACCGGCGCGCGAGUCCCGCGCGCCUUCAUGAGCGAAUGGGGGUUUGUACAGCGUCCCGACGUCGCAGACAAGCUCUGGCUGCUUCCGGUGGGACUCAUGAAGGACAAACUAUAUCCCUCUUCCACAACUCCUUCCCAAGAAGAAGGACAUAUCGAAGACGACAACGACAAUCACAACAAGGAUAACGUCAAGAAUAACACAACCCGCCACCUAACCCUCCGCAUCAUCGACCGCCUCCCCCUCCUCCGCACCCUAACCUCCACCUACUGGAGCACGAAAACGAACCGCAAGCGCGAACCACUGGCCAAACUCCUCCCACACCGAUGGAAACACCCCCUCGGUCCCGUGACAAGCUGGGAAGAAUCGCAGCUCUCCUUACGAGAAGACACACCGACCUUCACGCUUAAAAUGAUGCGCCGGGACGUGGUUCAGAAACUCAAAGCGGCGUGCGACCCGCCCGAUACGCAGCCUGAAGCGAAGCGCCGUGUGUGGACGGUUCUGCCGGUGAGCAAGUACGGGCGAGCUCAUAUAGCGCGGAGAACGUGGUCUAUGGAGCCGUUUGAGCGGAUGGAGUGUUGUGGGGUGUUGGUGAAUAAUCGCCGGAGGGGGAAGCCGGGGAGAGUCACGGGGCUGUGGCCGCGGAUGCCGGAAAUAGUGUGUAUAUCGAAGCAGAAGAAGGUGGCGCCGGUGUUUGAUUUGACGGUGAUGUUGGGGGAGGAGGAGUUGGCGGAGUUGAAGGAGUAUUGUCCGGGGCUUUUUGGAAAGACGGCGGUGGUGUUGAGGCCGGAUAAUAAGGUGACGGUGGAGGCGAUGUUGGCGCUGUGGAGGUUGAGGGGGUUUAUUAGGAGUGAUGGGGUGUUGGAACCGCCUAGGAUGGAGGUUAGGUUGAGGAGUAAGUGGAGGAGUAAUUAUCUUCUAUAA